AUGGCAACCAAUUCUACAUGGACUAGGGAGGAAGACAAAAUGUUUGAGAAUGCAUUGGCCAUUUUUGACAAGGACACACAAGAUAGAUGGAGUAAUGUAGCUAAGGCCACAGGCAAAACUGAAGAAGAGGUAAAACUACAUUACCAAAAACUUGUAGAAGAUAUCGAAAACAUCGAGGCUGAUCUAGUUCCCUUGCCUAAAUAUAAUGAGAGUGAAGUCUCUAAAGCUCAAUUAUUAGAAGCAAUAAAUGGCAAUGAAGAUGGAGAAAAAGAUAUUGCUAAUUAA